UUCAAAUCACAUCUCUCUCUCUCUUCUCACAAACACACACAAAUUAAAUUGCUCCGAAAACCCUUAUAGGUUGCACAGUUUUCACGCCGACGGCCGGCUUGUGAGUCAAUUUGUGGUUCAUUAUUCUUAAUGCCAAGAAUUCAGUGCAUCCCAAAUUUGGUGAUCCGGACUUUCGAAUCCUAGUCAAAUUCGAAUAAAAUUUCAAGUUGUUUCAUCGAAUGAUGGAUAUCACAUACACGCCCUACAUUGAUCCAGACUUUGAAUUUCUUUUAGAAAGAAUCCAUCCUCCAAGGGUUUCUGUUGACAAUGACAUCUAUCCAGAUUGCAGCCUCAUCAUGGUUGAUAGUGCUAAUAAGCAUGGGGUGCUGCUGGAGAUGGUCCAAGUUCUUACAGAUCUUGACCUCCUCAUUUCCAAAUCUUACAUCUCCUCCGAUGGUGGUUGGUUGAUGGAUGUCUUCCACGUCACAGAUCAACAAGGCUACAAACUCACUGAUCAAAACCUUAUCCAUCAAAUCCAAGAGGCCAUUUGCAAAAGUAGGCUGCCAAACAAGGAGGCCAGGCCUCGAGGCGUGUCGGCAGACCACGUGGCAUUCGAGAUGACGGGGCUGGACAGGCCGGGCCUGAUGUCAGAGAUGUCGGCCGUCCUCGCUGAGAUGGACUGCCACAUCUCUGCCGCUGUGGCAUGGACUCACAAGGGCCGGGCGGCAUGCAUCAUCUAUGUCGAGGACACCUCUGGUGGCAAAGCCGGCCGGAUGACCGACCCUGCCCGGGCAGCCCAAGUGCGGUCCCACCUUGAGAAUGUGGUGGAGGCGCACCACCACGAGGACGAGAGGCAUAGUGUGACUCUGGCUUCCCCUUGCCCCCACACGGAGAGGCGCCUCCACCAGCUGAUGGCCGCGGACAGAGACUACGACCAAUGCUGCUCGUGCUGCAACGGAAACAGCGAAUGGGACGGCAUCAAUGUGUAUGGUGGUUGCCGGAAAGAGCAGAGGAAGGGGCAGAUUGGGACACAUGUGAAGAUACAGAGGUGUAAAGAGACCGGCUACUCGAUUGUUACCGUGAGGAGCAGAGACCGGCCUAAGCUGCUGUUCGACACGGUCUGUGCUCUCACCGACUUGAACUAUGUGGUUCACCAUGCUGCCAUUGGCUCUCAAGGCUCUACUGCAUUUCAGGAAUAUUACGUAACGGACAAGAACGGGACGUUAGAGACCGAUAGCGAGAAGCACCGGGUUACCAAAUGUUUGGUUGCUGCCACAGAAAGGAGAGUUUCCCAUGGACUGAGACUAAAAAUUUGCACUAAGAACAGGACGGGACUGCUAUCGGACGUUACACGUGUUCUCCGGGAGAACGGGCUAUCAAUAACCGGGGCGGAGAUUGGGACUCGUGGCGAAAACGCAGUGGGGACGUUCUACCUGAAAGACGCAACAGGGGAAGAUGUGAGUCCGGAAACGGUGGAGGUAGUGAGACGAGAACUAGGAGGGCGGACAGUUUUUGAAAACGUAUCCCCGGGGACAUCUCCGGAGGCUAUGCCCUCUAGAACAAGCAGCGGGGAGGAAGAGAGAACGAGCUUCUCGCUGCGAGGCUUGAUCUGGUCGCAGCUGGAGUGGCUCUCCGGCAACUUCAAACCUACCUAAUCUUGAUUAUAUUUCAACAUAUGUAAAGGUUAACAAUUUCUUUUAUCCAAUGUAAAUGAAUAUCAUAUGUCAAUAGAUGUAAAUAAUAUCUCUCUCUUUCAUCA